UUGUAUCAAGCGUCAGGAAAUAAGUAUUAAGGUUUUUAAAGUUUUGGACAUAACUAUGACUUCUGAAGACGAUGGUCGUGCGGCAGCCUUGCUGAGAUACAAGAUUUUAGCCGGUCUGAUGGGAUUCCUGUCUGUUGGACUCCUCAGCAUCGGAAUUAUCGCCGUUGUCAAGUACCCGGAGGGAGGAUUUGGACCUCCAUAUUUCGUCGGUUGUUUUUUCGUCGGCAUCUUGGGAAUGAUCCACGCUGCCGUGUGUACGUUCAUCGCUUUUAAAGGCGGCGAGUUCGCAAAAGAUGACAUCAAGAAACGGGAAAUAGGAUGCGCGAUCACUGGUCAAUACAUACUGUCCAUGUUUCUAUUCAUGGGCUGCUUCAUCGGUACGAUUCUCGCCGGGAUUGGGGGCAUGAAUACCGACACGUAUGGGUUUGACGACGAAGGAACCGGUUAUGAGGACAAAGUAAAGCUCCUGGCUGGUAUAAUAAUUGCCGGCUGCAUAUUGGCUCUAGGUGUCAACAUAUUUGGCAUGUUUAUUGUUUGCACGUAUGGCAGCUAUUUUGGUGUUCGUGUUCAAAAUCGUCGAAAUGGUAGGACUGUGAUAUUGUUUGAACAUACAGGGACCGUGUCAACCACCAACACUGCUUAUGGGGGGUCGGGUAUGGGCGGGAUGGGUACGAAUGCCAAUACACAAAACCUCCAGGAACAAAACAGACUGCUUCAGGAGCAACUGCGCCUUCAACAGGAGUUGAUUAACACACAGCAACGAGCGCAAGGACCCCAGUUUGGGGUUUACCCUCCACCACCGGCCAAUUAUCCGUCGGGCGGGACGUAUCCUGCAUCCGAUCCCGCAUAUCCACCGGGACCACCGCCAAGCUACGGGAACAUUUAAGGCGACAUCCUCUUCACCGGGCAGAUUGUUAUGGAAGGAAAAAAGAUAACAGUAUAAAUACAGCCUCCUAAACGUUUUUUUGUUAUUCUACUGAUUUGCAAAGAUGACUCCUUAAAAUGAUCACUUUAUUUUAAAAUGUUGCUAAUGAUAUUCAGUAUGUUACA